AUGACAGACGUCACGUGAUGAUUUUGUUUCCGGUUUUUAAACGAGUCUCCCAUUUGAAUUUAAAUUCAAUCUUUUUAAAUUGAAUAAGAUAGACAAUCUGCCGAAAAUACCUUCAUUGACGUUAAAUAUUUUCAUUUCAUGAAUUUUUUCAUUGCAAAACAACCAUGGAUACCCAUAAAAGAGAAACUGUUAUGUAUUCGCAACUUCAACCGUGGAGUACAGUGGGCGUGUUGCCAUGCAUGGAGCAAGUCACUGGUUCACCUGUUCCUGUCCGGGUUGGUGAAUUUUAUAAAACUCCAAAACCUCAUCCAUGGCGACCUACUAUGGGAUAUGAAAUGGUAGAAGCAGCCUCUUUGCCUGCACAACCUACAACGAACAUGUUAUCAGACACCUGUUACAUGCCUGAUGGAAUGGCCACAGAACCAUUGCGGUUCCCAAAUUUGGUGACCGGUUUUGACCGAAAUCCAGCGCAUGCAGCUCGAGCUGCACUUUUCACCAGAUAUGGACCAUACGAAUGGGUGCAGAACCAAUUGGGUCUUUACAACGAAUCCAACAGUAACAGAAAUUAUUCUGAGAACUUACGUCAAGACACCGUUCGAAUGAUGCGAGAGGCAGACGAGAAGGUACAGAACGGUCAAACGGAAACUGGUCGAAAGUUGGGAGAGAGAAUUACAGACACAACGUUCUGGAGGAAUGAAGUGGCUGCGGAACUGGAACGGUUGAUAAUUGCGAACACAAAGAUGCAGGAAUGCCGUCGUAACUUGCAAAGGGCUAUAGAAAAUUUAGAGGGACAAUUGCACAUAGCUCAGGAGUGUUUAUACCAUCGCGAAGCUAGGACAGGUUCUGACCUGGUGCAUGAUCAGGUUGAACAUGCUCUUCUGAAAGAGGUGGAGGUGGUGAAAAAUUGUCAGAAUAAAUUGGAAAAUUUCACUGAUAAAUGUAUCAAUCAACUUACAAAUAGCAGAGCAGUACAGAAUCAGUUAGAGAUUGAUAUAAGGAACAAGGAAACUGCAUUAGGGAUUGACAUUACUUGUCACCAAAUGAAUAACUUCAGUCGUGGCCUGCAAUAUUACAGUGGCAUUGAAAAAUAUGAUAACAGUGUUACACAAGCAGAGUCAUGGGCUGAAGCUUCGAAUAACGUAGUGAAAAAGUCGCAGACUGAAAGAUCGAAAUCUAGUCAAUUAAUAAGUGACAUUGAAAUUGCGAUAAACGCAGUUGGACAUGAAAUGUGGGAAGCAUGGGGCUUUACGAAUAAUGCGUUAGCUAGGAGGGCAGUAGAAAUUCUUGAAGCGAAAGAAAACUUACAAAUACAUUUACACAAAAUCCAACAAGAAAUAUUUGAGAUUGAAAAGAACUUGCAACUAAUGCAGAAAGCCAUUGCAGAUAAGAGUUCUGCCUUGAAAGUGGCACAUACCCGCCUUGAGAGCAGGAUACACCGGCCUGAAGCAGAGUUAUGUAAAGAUUACGCCCAACUCAGAAUGAUCAAAGAAGUGGAGACUAUAAAUACAAUGAUAAAUGAAAUGAACUUGAAGUUACAAAGAUUUGAAGCGCAACAUCAACAAUUAUUACGGACUAGAUCUAAUCUAGAAACAGACUUGAAAUCUAAAGUCGACGCACUGUUUAUUGACAGAGAGAAAUGCAUGAGUAUGAGAAGAAGCUAUCCAAUUGCGUCAGUUAUUAAGUUUUGAGUUAUUGUACAUAUGACAUGCUUCUAAUUGUAAAUGUAUUAAUAGAAAUAGAACACCCGUAUCAUUACAUUUAUUAUUUUUUUUAUAAUAAUAUACAUUAGACGUAAACAUUUCAUAUAAAAUGAAUUUUCUUUUUAAUAUAAAAACAGUAAAAAUAUUUUUGCUCUUCUUAAUCCGUAUAUUUCGUUAACAUUAAUAAAGAAUUUACUGAUACCCAAACCAAUAACAUGUAAGAUUACUUUUAUUAACGUAAUAUCUUUAGAUUUAUAAUAAUCUAAUGCUGAUAUAUAUAAUAGUAUCACAUGAAUCAUAUAUAUAUAUAUGUGUGUAUAUAUAUAUACCAAGUUU